AUGACUGUCUCGGCUGAGCUCCGUAAUGACCUCGAAGAUGCUGCUAACCGUAUGCGUAUCUCAGCCAUCGAGAUGACGUGUGCUUCAAAAAGUGAGCGUGGUCAUCCCCUGAUUACCUCAAAAAAGGUUAUGUCGACGUUGUUCUUCCACGAGAUGAAGUACGACGUGUCCAAUCCGAAGUCAGCAAGCGCCGACCGUUUCGUACUCUCCAAGGGUCAUGCCUGCCCAAUUCUCUACGCGGCAUGGGAAGAAGCCGGCCUGCUUUCUAAAGAACAAGUCAUGUCUCUGCGUAAAGUCAAUUCUGAUGUUGAAGGACAUCCUACACCGCGCCUCAACUUUAUCGAUGUUGCUACUGGCUCACUUGGACAAGGUCUGUCGUGCGCUGCUGGAAUGGCCUACGUUGGAAAGUAUAUCGAUAAGGCGAGCUAUCGGGUGUUCUGCCUCCUGGGAGAUGGAGAAACAGCAGAAGGGUCAGUAUGGGAGGCAGCAGCGUUCUCCUCAUAUUACAAACUUGAUAAUCUGGUUGCUAUCGUUGACGUCAAUCGCUUGGGUCAGUCACAGGAGACUGCACUAGGACAUAAGGUCGAGGUCUAUCAGGCUAGAUUUGCUGCGUUCGGUUUCAAUGCUAUUGUCGUUGACGGCCAUGAUGUCGGUGCACUCAUCAGUGCAUACGAGACGGCCAGAAACACGAAGGACAAACCAACAGCAAUUAUUGCCAAGACUUUGAAAGGCAAAGGGAUUGACGGGAUUGCUGAUCAAGAUAACUGGCAUGGAAAGCCUGUCCCAGCUGAUAAGAUUGCUGCUAUCAAAUCCCGCCUUAACGGCAGCCACAAAGGUAAACUAGUUCCAAAGAAACCAGUUGAAGAUGCACCGAAAGUUGAUCUUCAUGUGGGCUCCAUCAAAAUGGCAGAUCCUGCUUACAAGUUAGGUGAUAAGGUAGCAACACGAGCUGCCUACGGUACCGCUCUAGCUAAGCUCGGUGAUGUUAAUCCUCGCAUCAUUGGACUCGAUGGUGACACCAAGAACUCGACUUUCUCUGAGAAACUUCUCCAGAAACACCCACAUCAAUUCAUCGAGUGUUUCAUUGCUGAACAAAAUCUUGUCGGUGUCGCCGUUGGAGCUCAGUGUCGUGAUAGAACCAUUCCUUUCACCAGCACUUUCGCCGCAUUCUUUACCCGAGCAACCGAUCAGAUCCGAAUGGCCGCCGUAUCAUUUGCUAACCUGAAAUGUGUUGGAUCUCAUGUUGGUGUGUCGAUCGGUGAAGAUGGCCCAAGCCAGAUGGCCCUUGAGGAUUUGGCCAUUUUCCGCGCGAUUCCGGGAUCGACAGUCUUUUAUCCAAGUGAUGGUGUGGCGGCUGAGAGAGCAACUGAGUUGGCUGCCAACACUAAAGGCAUUGUUUUCAUUCGUACAGGCCGCCCAGCACUCCCAGUGUUGUACAAGAAUGAAGAGCCAUUCGCAAUUGGAAAGGCCAAGGUUUUGAAACAAUCGGCUAACGACAAGAUUGUACUAAUCGGAGCUGGAGUGACUCUGUACGAGUGUCUGAAAGCUGCUGAGCAGUUAGAAAAGAAUGGAGUGCAUGCUUGUGUAAUCGACCCGUUCACAAUCAAACCACUGGAUCAGGAAACAAUUCUUCAACACGCUAAACGCGUUGGGGGUAGAAUCUUGACUGUCGAGGAUCACUAUCCUGCUGGAGGAAUCGGAGAGGCUGUAUCAUCAGCAGUGGCUGAUCAUCCCGAUGUACGCGUUCGUUCUAUCUGUGUGCAAAGCGUGCCUCGUUCGGGAACUCCAGAUGAAUUACUCGAUCUGUUCGGUAUCUCUGCUCGUCAUAUCGUAGAGGCAGUGACCAAAUAUUAG